CCUCAUUUCUAAAAUCCAUCAUUUAUAGGAUGUGUUUUACAACACGAGUGUAGUAUAAGUACUUCAAUGGUUAUUUAACAAGCAACCAAUAAACGAAAAAAAAAACCCGUCCCGUUCAAUUUUGGUCCUCCGUUGUCCUGAGCAGUGUGCACCACCGUCCGCCAUUUCCUUCCCCUUUCGCUCCGCCAUGACCCACGGAGCCGAUCCAGCUCCAACCCACAAAAAAAUCCUACUUACUUCGCUUGCCGCCAUGGUCGCCGAGGCGGGCACGUUCCCAAUCGAUUUAACGAAGACACGGCUCCAGCUCCACGGCCAGUCUCUCUCCGCUCCCUCCUCCACCAAUGCCUUCCGUAUCGCCUCCGAUAUCCUUCGCCGACAGGGAAUUCCAGGGCUCUACCAGGGCCUCUUCCCUGCCAUUAUCAGACACUCCUUCUACACUCCCAUUCGAAUUGUGAGUUACGAAAAUAUGAGGAAUCUCAUGGUCGAUGAUGAGAAUGGCAUCUCCACCAUGUCCCUUCCUAUUAAAGCUCUCAUCGGUGGAGCUUCUGGUGCUUUUGCUCAGAUAGUGGCAAGCCCUGCUGAUCUAGUGAAGGUCAGGAUGCAAGCAGACGGCCGAAUGGCGAGCCAGGGUUUGAAACCAAUAUACUCUGGCUUCAUCGACGCCUUGAGCAAGAUAGUAGCAUCGGAGGGCUAUAGUGGUCUCUGGAAGGGCGUAAUCCCAAACAUUCAAAGGGCUUUUCUAGUAAACAUGGGGGAGUUAGCCUGCUACGACCACGCAAAGCGUUUGGUUAUCCGGAAUGGGAUCGCAGAUGACAACAUCUACGCCCACACAAUGGCGUCAACAAUGUCAGGGCUCUGCGCUACUUCCCUGAGCUGUCCAGCUGACGUGGUGAAAACGAGGAUGAUGAUGAAUGAGGCCGAUGGGAAGAGUGUUUACAGAAGCUCGUACCAUUGUCUGGUGAAAACCAUUAGAAUUGAAGGGUUGAAGGCUUUGUGGAAAGGCUUCUUUCCUACGUGGGCUAGACUUGGCCCCUGGCAAUUUCUGUUCUGGGUUUCCUAUGAGAAGUUCCGACGAGCUGCGGGCAUGUCUUCCUUCUGAUUGUUUGACACGGUCGAAUUAGUGGCGAUGCAGGCCAUCAGACGAUAUUAUGUCAUGCUUAAAGGGCUAUCAACAUAGUAACCAGUUAUGUGGUUAUCGGCAUAGUUACCAAGUUGGGCGAAACGGGAUGUGAAAAAGGUGAGGAUGUUUUGUUUUGCUUUGUUUUGUUUAGCUGGUUUCAAAACUUACCAGUAUCAAUACCGGCGGCUAUGCCGCAGGAGAUUUAGCCUCGUUGUCCAAAGCAAAUUACCCCCUUUGUGUGUUGUUGAAUAAAAGAGUAUUAACAGCCUGAAUGUGGAUGAUGAUGUUGAUCUGUGACUCAUGAGUCAUGGGAGCGUGAGAGUGUGAUCGUGUUUGUGAGUCUUUUGCUCUUGUUGUGCUCUCCUAGGCCACUGCUGCAUAUAAGUGCAGGCCUUUGGCAGCUUCAUGAGUUAGUAGCAGGUAUUCACAGGUUAUUAUUGUAUCUUAAAUCUUUGAGCAGCUCUAUGAAGUAAAGACCUGAUGAAGCUAGAGAGAGGAUUGAACAAAGUCUUCAAUUAAUCUGGCAAGUUGGCUGAUUAACGCAAGACUUCAUUUGGAAAGUGGUUGUGGGUAGUAGUAUCAGAAUAGUGGGACUAAUCGAACAGGCUGUGAGCUGGGAACCUGUCAUUGCUAAUGCAAGAUAACACCCGCUGUAUUUGUUUUCAUGUAAAACCUGUCUUUGUUUGUUGAUUAGGGGUGACUGUAAGCUAUUCUUGAAGCUUUUAGUAUUGGU